GAAGGCCAUGCCAUUAAAAAUUAUAAAAACAAUUGAUAUUUAUUUUGAAAAUGGCGGAAAUAGAUAGUUCGCUGUCUACGCCUGUCAAACUGCGAUGGUUUCCUUUUCCUGAAUCCAAUUAAAUCAAAAUAAAUAACAACAACAUAAAAUACAAGAAAUCUUUGGUGAAAAAUAUUCCAUCAAAGACUAGUAAAUUGAUGGUAGGAUUUGUGUUUGACUGCCUAUAGAAAAAUUAAUAACAUAGUUUCAAGUUGACGAUGACGAAAAUGCAGUAUUGAUUUUAUUCAUGUGAAGUGCGAACUAGUUGUUUAUAGUCGUUGGAUUAUUGAUUUUCCGCGCUAUACACUACCCUGCACCCCUGCACCCUUCCAUGCACCGGCCGGGACGCUCGCAGCUUCGAGCGAAGGCUAGCUCAAUCUAGGGCCUCAGUCGAGCUUCGGGCGCCAUCGAGUUGGUCGCCCGCUUGAGUGCGGUUCAUUUUACCUGUGGAAGAGUUAAAUCAUUUUGUGAAGUGCUGAAUUACAACAAGAUGGCAGGAGGGGCCUGUAUUAGAAAAGGGAUCUACAUAAACGAAAUAAUGCCGGAGGGGUUCUGCCGCUGCUGGAACGGCGACGACGAGACGGAGCCCGGUAACCCCGACUGCGGCUGCGGCGAAGAGCUCGGUAUCGUCGAGUGGCGGUGGGCGGCCCCCAAGCGAGCUCCAAAGUGGGUCGAAUUGUACGAAGAUCAAAAGCAGGUGGUGUUCCAUCCCCUGUACAGCUCUGGCACUGCAAUCGUCAAAGGCAACAAAGCUUUAGAGACCAACAGGCACUACUACUGGGAAGUGAAAAUGCUCACCCAGCCAUAUGGCACCGACAUCAUGGUGGGCCUGGGCAGCCAGGAGGUAGGUGAAUCUUUCCGUGACUACACGUCCUACCUUGGUGGCAACGAGCACUCUUUUGGGCUCUCAUACACAGGCGCUAUCUGCAAGAAUGCCAGAGUCGUUGAGGACUGCCCCGGAUUCUGCAAGGGGACCAUCAUUGGAGUGAUGGUUGAUAUGUUCCUUGGCACACUGGAAUUUUAUCUAAACCGUGAGCCUCAGGGAUUGGUGUUCACGGGUCUCGGACGGCACAAGACAUGGUACCCGAUGGUAUGUUCAACAGCUGCUCAGUCCUCUCUGAGGCUUACGUAUGCCUCCUCAUGGACUACUUCUCUGCUGAUCAAUGCUGCCAAGGUGCUGGCUGCUUCUGUGACUGGCCGCCUCCUCUUCAACAACUUGCCGCCUGGCCUGGCCGCUACAAUGAAGAAGGAAUUCUGGAUUCCGCUGCGCAGCGGUGGCAUGCUUGACAAAGAACUUGCUAAGGUCGAGCGCCACAUUCGAGAUAGAAUAAAGGACAGAAGAUGGUAAAAUAGGGCCCCUAAUGGCACACCCCUUCCACGUGUGCCAUUAAGCCCCACAGAGGAAAUGCAGCUGAUCUACGCCAACAACAGAGUUGGCCUGCAUCCGAUCUUCUUGAUGAACACCCUGCUCUUCGGGUAUUAAGAAUGCAACAUUCAGGUGUGAUGACUGGCAUAACAGCAGUGUUAUGUGUGAUCGAAUUAUAUUGAAGGCCUCUUUAUGGCCAAUCGGAAAAGAAAGACUGUUUAAACUUAGAUUUUAGAAUAUAUGUAUUACUGUCACUAUGACUUUCUAUUAUGAUCUGAGCAGCAAUAGCCCAAUGGCAUUGUGGAAGUUAAAGUCCAUUGAACUAUUGACGUGUCCCCCUCCUGUCUCCAGUCAAUGUUGCUGGGUACAGGUGGGCUUACAAGAUUACUAGUUAUAUGAAACAUAUCCCUAGUAAUCAAAGUUUUAAAAACUUAUUGGUGUCUAAUUUUAUCAUUAUUAAUAUAAGUCUGGGUAUUUAUUAAUCUGAUCUUAUUGUCAUAAUUAUGUCUACACAUAGGAUAAACAUUCAAAAUGGUUAUUGUAAAACUGUGUAGGAUAAGUUUGCAAAG